CCCUCCAUUCCUCAGUUUUGAUAACAUAGGCGAACACCUUUUCCCUUUCGCAGAAUCCUGUUAUUACACUGCAUAAGCAAAUGCUGGAACCAGUCGAAAAUGAACAAAACACCCUUGACGGUCAAUCGGACGACAACCCUCCUCAGUCUUCUGUUCCUCCACAUCUGUCGAAAAAUGCUCGGAAAAAGCUUUUGAAGCAGCAGAGGUUUGAAGCAAAGAAGGCAGAGAAGAAAGCCGCUAUUAAAGAGCAUAAGCAGAGGGAAGCGGAACGCAAGCGUCGGGAAUGGGAGGAGAAGCUUGCGACCCUAUCCGAAGAGGAGAAAACAAAGCUAAUAGAGUCUCGAAGAGAGCUCAGAAAAGAGAGGAUAGAGAAAGUAUCGGGAGAGAGGGAGAUGAAGAUCGAGAGAUUGAGGAGAGCCAAAGAAGAAGGUCAGAAGAUUGUCGUUGAUCUUGAGUUUUCCGAUCUAAUGGCGCCUAAUGAAAUUCACAGUCUUGUUCAACAGAUCAUGUAUUGUUAUGCAGUGAAUGGAAAAUGUCCUUUGCCAUGUCAUCUCUGGCUGACUGGAUGUAGAGGAGAAAUGGAGACCCAACUACAAAGGCUCCCAGGAUUCGAUAAGUGGGUAAUUGAGAAGGAGACUAGGUCAUAUAUUGAAGCCCUGCAAGAUCAGAAAGAAAAUCUUAUCUAUCUCACUGCAGAUGCAGAAACUGUGCUGGAUGAACUUGAUCCAAAGAAAAUAUACAUUAUUGGUGGUUUGGUGGAUCGAAACAGAUGGAAAGGCAUUACCCUGAAAAAAGCACAGGAGCAGGGAAUUCAGACUGCAAAACUUCCUAUUGGGAGUUACUUGAAGAUGUCAAGUUCCCAGGUGCUUACUGUGAACCAAGUGGUUGAGAUACUGCUCAAAUUCUUGGAAACGAGAGAUUGGAAGAUGUCAUUCUUUCAGGUAGUUCCCCAGAGGAAAAGAUGUGAAGCUGAAGCAGAAGUUUGGGUAAAAGAAGACACUGGCAAAGAUGGGUGCAGUGAGAGAAAAAAGAAGUGUAUAGAACAAUCCUCUCAUGGAGAGGAAAUUUGCUAACAUGAUCCUUUGCUUACGUUGUGCAAUGAAACAUAUUUCCUAACUAUCAUUUGGUCCUCUCAACUUGGUGCAACAUGUAUACAGGAAGUUGAUCCCCCCAAAAGUGAAAAUGUAAGAGGAAUACUUUCAUUGGUGGGAGAAAGUAGAAUUUGGUUAGAAGUAGGGUUAUUUUCAGAGUAGUCAAUACAUUUUUGUUUAAUGGGUUAACUGUGCGUGAACUUUAACAGGAAAAAGUUGUUUUUCAUAUCAAUUCCCAGUAAGACUUCGUUCGAGUUGAUA